GCCAUAAAGGCCGCUGCGCGGUCCCGGGCUCAGCCCGCUGCGCGCCGCCCGCCUCCUUCCUCCGCGCACGUCCCAGUCCGUGUGCACUUCUGCUCCCGCCAUGGCCGCGCUCACCCGGAAUCCGCAGUUCCAGAAGCUGCAGCAGUGGCACCGCGAGCACGGCUCCGAGCUCAACCUGCGCCGCCUUUUCGAUUCCAACAACGAACGCUUCAACCGCUUCAGCUUGACUCUCGACACCAAUCAUGGGCAUAUUCUGGUGGAUUACUCCAAGAACCUUGUGACGGACGAAGUGAUGCAGAUGCUGGUGGACCUGGCCAAGUCCAGGGGCGUGGAGGCUGCCCGGGAGCGCAUGUUCAAUGGUGAGAAGAUAAACUUUACUGAGGAUCGGGCAGUGUUGCAUGUGGCCCUGCGGAACCGGUCAAACACACCCAUUCUGGUGGACGGCAAGGAUGUGAUGCCAGAAGUCAAUAAGGUUCUAGACAAGAUGAAGGCUUUCUGCCAGAGUGUCCGGAGUGGUGACUGGAAGGGGUACUCAGGCAAGACCAUCACAGAUGUCAUCAAUAUCGGCAUUGGCGGCUCUGACCUGGGACCCCUCAUGGUGACUGAAGCCCUUAAGCCAUACUCCUCGGGAGGUCCCAGAGUUUGGUUUGUCUCCAACAUCGAUGGGACACACAUUGCCAAAACCCUGGCCAACUUGAACCCUGAGUCCUCCCUAUUCAUUAUUGCCUCCAAGACCUUUACCACCCAGGAGACCAUCACAAAUGCAGAGACAGCAAAGGAGUGGUUUCUCAUGUCAGCCAAGAAUCCUUCUGCAGUUGCGAAGCACUUUGUUGCCCUGUCUACUAACACGGUCAAAGUGAAGAAGUUUGGAAUUGACCCUCAAAACAUGUUCGAGUUCUGGGAUUGGGUAGGAGGACGCUACUCGCUGUGGUCAGCCAUUGGACUCUCCAUUGCCCUGCAUGUGGGUUUUGACAACUUCGAGCAGCUGCUGUCAGGGGCUCACUGGAUGGACCAGCACUUUUGCACAGCGCCUCUGGAGAAGAACGCCCCUGUCCUGUUGGCUCUGCUGGGUAUCUGGUACAUCAACUGCUUUGGGUGUGAGACGCAGGCCCUGCUGCCCUAUGACCAGUACCUGCACCGCUUUGCUGCCUACUUUCAGCAGGGUGACAUGGAGUCAAAUGGGAAGUACAUCACCAAGUCAGGCAUCCGUGUGGACCACCAGACAGGCCCCAUUGUGUGGGGGGAGCCAGGGACCAAUGGCCAGCAUGCCUUCUACCAGCUCAUCCAUCAAGGCACCAAGAUGAUACCCUGUGACUUCCUCAUCCCAGUCCAGACCCAGCACCCAAUACGGAAGGGUUUGCAUCAUAAGAUCCUCCUGGCCAACUUUUUGGCCCAGACGGAGGCCCUGAUGAAGGGGAAAUCAACAGAGGAGGCCCGAAAGGAGCUCCAGGCUGCAGGGAGGAGUCCAGAGGACUUUGAGAAGCUAUUGCCACACAAGGUCUUUGAAGGAAAUCGCCCAACAAAUUCUAUUGUGUUCACCAAGCUCACACCAUUCAUGCUUGGAGCCUUGAUCGCCAUGUACGAGCAUAAGAUCUUCAUUCAGGGCAUCAUCUGGGACAUCAACAGCUUUGACCAGUGGGGAGUGGAGCUGGGAAAGCAACUGGCUAAGAAAAUCGAGCCUGAGCUCGACGGCGACACUCCAGUGACCUCUCAUGACGCGUCCACCAAUGGGCUGAUCAACUUCAUCAAGCAGCAGCGCGAGGCCAGGACCCAGUGAAUGCACGCGCCGCUGCAGCCCCUGCUGUGGUCGGCCUGUCUCGUCCAUCCUCAGUCUGAACUGCAUGGUCCUGCCUCUCCCCGCCCUGAACACCCUCUGGUGGGGGCUUGAACCACAGUCCUUUGGCGGAAGCUGGUCUGGAAUUGCCACCCCCGCCUCCUGAAUUCAUGUCCUCUCUCCCUCUGUUUUAUAAUUUGCUGAAGUGUUUUAGUGCAGCUGAUUUUUCUGACCCACGUUCACAUUGUUGACAUCCCAGGUAGAAAAAUAAAGAUGCCACGAAGGA